UCGCGUAGUCGGCCACAAGUCGCGAUAUUUCGCCAUUUUUGUUAAAUAUGUGGGUACCAGCCCGACCCAGCCGCGUCUAGGCCGCCCAGCGAGCCUUCGGUGCAGCUCCCCGGAGGAAUCCGGCCCGGAGCCCGCGAUCCGCGCCGCCAUCUCGGCCCCCGGCGCCUCCGCCACGGCUUUGUUUUGAGGGCGUCCAUCGCCAGUGCUAAACCCAGUGCCCAUGCCGGCCAGUGCCCGUCUCCCGCUAAUCCAUAGUGCGUUGGGUGCGUCGGCCGCUCUCGCGGAAAUUUCAGCCCAGCGCCUUCGCCAUUUUGUGCUCUAGGCGUAUACAGCCGUGUUGACACAAAUAACAACAGCUUGGGAGUGGGUUCUCGGAACUGGGUCGAAAUUUCCGUGGUGCGAAAGCAGUGACCGGUUUAUAUCGUAUGCAUGGAUAAGUGUGGGAUUACGCCCGGCGGCCUGUAAUGGACGGGGCCCUUCGCUCCUCUUGAAGUCAGUAGACGGUUUCGGGCCAGGGCCGGACUCGGCCUAACGCUGUUGUGUUGCAGGGCCGGAAGCGGGAUCAUGUGGUAGGCGGGGCUGGGGGGUGUAGCCCCCCUGUAGAACUGGCGCCGCCAUCACGGAUCACCACGGCGACCGUCACAGAUGUCCUGACAGCGGGGCCAGGGCCUCCAGAAUGCCGGUGGAAGAGGAUUAUGGCCGAAGACAGAUCGCGCUACAGCAGUCGCCGGCGCCGGCGCAGUGCGAGCACCGCUACGCCAGCGACAAGAACCUGCUCGAGCCGGCCGACCGCUACUCGGACAGGUUCGGCUCGGAGCGCAGCGGCUCGGAUCGUUUGCCGUCGGGCGAGCGGUACCAGGGCGCGUCGGAGCGGUACCCGCUGGGGGAGCGGCCGCAGACGUCCGUGUCGUCCGAGCGCCUGCAGCCGGAGGAGAGGAGGGGGGACUUCCAGGAGAGGUACCACUACGCCACGUGCCAGCGGUACGCGCCGGUGGGCAGUCUGGAUAGGUACCACACCGUGGACCGCUACUCGCGCACGAGCACGCCCACGGAUAGAGCCGCGGCCGACCGCUACACGCCCGUCGACAAGUACCAGGAGGGCGAAAGGCACAACUCGGCGCAGAGCGUAUGCUCGAUCGAGCGGUACACGCCCACGGAACGACACAGGACGGGCAAGAUCAGGGAGCGGUCGGCCAGCUCGGAACGCAAGGGCGAGCAGCGCUACCAGUACCAAAACAGGUACGAGCAGUACGUCCCGGACCGGUUCCCCGCCAUCCCGUGCCCCGAGCGCUUCGCGACCCAAGAACGAGCCGAGCGGGUGCCCUUUACGCAAGUACCUUACAUGGAACCACCUUCUCCGGCUCCGGCGAGCGACCGGUUCGUGCCGCCGCCGCCGCUGUCUCCAGAAAACACGCCUAGUCCGGACUGUUUCCCCAACAACGCUUUCCCUUCUCCCACCAACACGGUCCCACCGCCCGAUCGCUUCAUCCCACCGCCGCCGCUGUCACCCUCGCCCACGGAGAAGUACUCCCCCAAGAAACUAGACCGGUACGACAAGCGCUACUACGACCGGUACCACAGACAGUACUACCCGAACGACCGCUACCACGUGAAUACCGACCGCUUCGUCAGCAACGACAGAUACAUCCCUCCCAACGCGCACAUGCCGGUGGAACGGUACGUGCCCCAGCAGCAGGAACCCUACUACAACUACCAGUCGUACGAGCGCUACCCCAAGUACAACGCCAACGACCCCUACAUGCGGCGCGACCUCGCCUUCCACUACCGACUGCCCUUGCCCUACCCCUCCAACCAGUACCAGCGGAUGCGCUACUCGCACAUGGGCACCCCGAACCGCGUCAAGUGCUGCCAGUACCAGGACGGCUACCAGCUGUCCAAGUCCAGUCCGGGCUCGAGCUCGAGCAGCUCGGUCACGAGCCAAACCAACAAGGACUUGCACCCGAAGGAAGUACCGUGCGUCAACAACUCGAGUCUUCAAGAAAUGCAGUGCCAAAGCUACCAGACGUGUGCGUACCAGCAGGAGAAGGGGACGCAGUGCGGGAAAGAGUGCAGCGUCGGGUUUGUGUCGCCUAACUUACGAGCGAAAGGACAAUGCCGGCACAGUAUUUGCGCCAGUCCGAGUGUGGAGUACGUGGGGGCGUCGGGCGGCAGGCACGUGUGCGCCACGCCGCCCCCGAGGGGCAGCAUCGGCUCGGCGGAGGGCGCCGUGUGCAACGACAACUGCUGCGCGAGGAGGGCGCAGAACUCCCUCACGGUCGCCGUCUGGCGUGCAACUGCCCCGCCGCAGCAGCAGCAGCCGCCGCCGCCCCAGCCCCAGCAACCGCAGCAACCCAGCCAAGCAUCGCCGCCACAACAGCGUACAGCUACACCAGUCGCUGAUGAUGUAUCAUCAUCAGAACCGAAACCAACCGAAACACCAGAACUUAGACAGGCCCAGCUCUCGCCGCCCGCCGCCGCCAAGCUUCCGUCGCCCGCACAAAGGCCGGUGUCGUCGACGCCGCCCGCCGAGAGGUCGCGGAUACAGGCAAGGUACCCGCAGAACGAGAACCUGGUGGCGAACCGGCCGCCGCUGGCGCGGCUGAGGUCGCGCAAGGAGGUGGUGAAGAAGUACGUGAAGAAGGAGACGGCGCUUUUUUUCGGCGUGGACAAGGAGAGCGAGGAGCGCCAGCAGCGGAGGUGGUUCGAGAGGAGGCUGAGGAUGGCGGCCAGGUGUUACGGGCCCUUGAAGGACGAGUACAGGAACGUGGGACAAACGCACAGAAGGGCGGUUUCGGAGGCGGCUUCGGGGCAACUGCAGGCCGAGAGGCCUGACGUUCUUCCGGGGCCGAACGACGUGCCGGACACGGGUCAGGAGCGGCUGAACGAGGGAUCGAGACGGAGGAAGGAAUCGGUGGCGAAGAUGACGUGGGACGGAGUUUCGUAUCUUGUUACGGCGGUGGCUGGGGCCAGACCGAGGAGGCGGUGGCAGCAGAACAGGAUGUCGAGGAGUUUCCCUCCGGACGUCCCGUAUAGCACGACCAGCAUAGACGAGGAGACGUUUUUUCAGAAGCCGAUGGCUCCGACGUCGCCCAGGCCGCAGGAAGAAGGUGAUACAUCCGACCGAGGUGGCGUCCACGAGUCCACCGCCCACCAGCCGUACCGAGAGCGUCCAGUGGUGCGCCCCGGCUCCGGCGGCUGGAGACGAGACCCCCACGUGGUGCCCCGCCACGAAGGCCAAACCCGGCCCUCGGUGGGCGGAUCGAGAGUAUACUCCUCCCUCCUCGACAACGUCUUAGACAACUCCAACCGGCGCCAGUACGGAAUGGGCUGGGUCGGGCGAAUGUUCGGGAAAUCGACGCAGAAACCCCUUGCUCAAGAAGAAAAGACUUCGCGCCACGUCGACCACAUGGAGGACCACAGACCGAUGUUCACUUACUGGGUCACCAUAGUACAAAUCUUGGUAUUGUAUACAACUUUGAUGUGUUACGGCUUCGCCCCGUUCGGGGUCGACAUGCAGUCGCGGUCCGGGCAGGUCCUCGUGGCGAGUCUGUCGCUCCAGCAGGUCGACUACACCGAGCCGGCGAAUUUUUGGGGCGGACCCAGAGCCAGCGACUUGAUCCAUCUGGGGGCGAAGUUCGCGCCGUGCAUGAGGGUAGACGACAGGAUAGCGCACCAGAUUGAUAAGAUAAGGGCGAAGGAGCGGGAAACGGCGUGCUGUAUCAGGAACGACGGCUCCGGGUGCGUGCAGUCGUCGCAGGCGGAUUGCUCAUUGAGAGGAUUACGACCAUCGAAAAACAUUCCAAAGUGGAAAAAAUGGAGCGCCGGGGACGCCGGCCCGGGCGGCCGAAUCUCGGGGUCCGUGUGUGGACUGGACCCGAAAUUUUGCGACGCACCUGCCAACGUGCACCCCUACGAAUGGCCCGACGACAUCACAAAAUGGCCGAUUUGUCGCAAAACUAACACGGCUUUCUCCACGAAGCGUAGUGGAAGCAGGGACAAAAGCGCCGAGCAUAUGAUUUGUGAGGUCAUCGGUCAUCCGUGCUGUAUAGGAAUUCAGGGACAGUGUAAAAUAACGACGAAAGAGUAUUGCGACUUCGUGCGGGGGACGUUUCACGAGGAGGCGUCAUUGUGUUCACAGGUGUCUUGCCUCAACGACGUGUGCGGAAUGCUGCCGUUCUAUUUCCCCGAAACGCCCGAUCAGUUCUAUAGGGUCUGGAGCUCGCUGUUUCUCCACGCCGGCAAACUCCACCUGGUCGUGACCAUCCUCAUCCAGUACUUCUUGAUGCGCGACCUCGAGAAGCUCACCGGCAGCCUCCGCAUCGCCAUCAUCUACAUCGGCUCAGGUGCGGCGGGCAACCUGGCCAGCGCCAUCUUCGUGCCGUAUCGAGCCGACGUGGGCCCCGCCGGCUCGCACUUCGGUCUGCUGGCGUGCUUGAUCGUGGAGGUGCUGAACGCGUGGCCUCUGCUCAAGCACCCCACCCAGGCGUUGUGCAAGCUCCUCUCCAUCACUCUGCUCCUCUUCCUCAUCGGUCUGCUGCCCUGGGUCGACAACUACGCCCACCUCUUCGGCUUCGUCUUCGGUUUCAUUCUGUCGUACGCCCUGCUGCCGUUCAUCUCGUUCGGGGCGUACGAGAGGCGGAAGAAGGUCGUGUUGAUCUGGGUCUGCUUGCUAUCCGCCGGGUUCCUCUUCAUCUCGCUGGUGCGGCUCUUCUACUUCAUUCCCGUGUACGACUGCAAGAUCUGCUCGUACUUCAACUGCAUCCCCUUCACGCGGGACUUCUGCGCCUCGCAGAACAUCCACUUCAAGCGGGAGGAGCCCGUAGUAUGACGAAAGAUUUCACGGUUUGUAACCGUUUUGAGUUUUGUUGUGUUCGAUGGGUUUUGUUGCUUUUGGUUUUACCCUGACCUGACGCGGCGCGGUGGAAAGUGGUGUUGUGAUAAUACAAGACAGUGCAGAAACUGCGAUUUAAAACAUGUGAUACAGACUAUAUCGGUAUAUUUAAGACGUUCAUUUUAAGAUAUGUGCAAUGAAUUUGUUUAUGUUGGCAACGAAACUCAGCUACAAUGAACUCGGUUCGCUUUGGCUUGGUUCCGACGUUUACCCGAACAAGCUUGGAUGUUUGCUUCAUGGAGUUACCAAAAAGUGCCCUUUCAUGUUUACUCGUUUAGGCAUUCGGUUCUGUUUUUACCCUUUCGUGCUGGGAUCACCCUCAGGGGGCAUCCCCGAACUUAUUGAAGCAAACAGCGACCGGCAGAUCGAUGGAUAUGUAACCAUUUACAAUAGACUCAUUUAUAUGUGUUUAAUUAUAAAUUUAUCAAGAGAUAUUUUCAUCACUACUAUAGAAACUCUGUAUAAAUUAUAUAAGCAUGGAUGAUGUGUAUAUACGCAGUAUGGUGGUGUUAAUGUUAAUUUUUGUAAGAUUACCCCUCUGAGAUAAAAGUCUUUAUUUGUCUACAUAAAAACUUCACUUUGUUGUAUCCAAGGGGGGCGGCGAGCCCAUACUCGAUACCUGUACCCGGACCCAUGACCGGGUGCUGCGUUUCGGUGUGCGCGACGCGCACACCCCCACCGGCCGGCCCGCCAACGUUCCGACGAUAUUCUAACAAAAUUGCCAAAAUUCGAAAUCAUUUGUGCUUCGUCUUCUCGGUUUGGCGAACGUUGCCGAGAUCGGCCGAGCCGACUACCCACGAUAUAUAUUAUAAUGUAAUGAUCGUAACGUCUGUAGAGUUGCGUUUAUCGUUUGCCCCAACCGCAUGGUCUUGCUCUCGUUUCGAUUUUUGACGAAUCCAUCAUGUGAUCUCCUCGAGCAUUUGAAUUUUGUCCGUAUCAUAGCCAGUGAUGUAAAUCGAUUUUAUAACUACAGUAGCUAUUUAUAUUUGUGUAGGCUUUGAUUUUUUGACAUUUUGACUGAUAUUCAAUAUCAAUGUACACUGCAAUUGUACAAAAGUUGCGCUGGUUCUUUUCGGAUGAUAAAUUUACGACUUUUGUAACGCUUUUUACCGAAAUCAGUCGGUCGACAGGGCCGUCUUGAUCGUUUUCCAAACAGACGUUGCAUUGUGUAUUACGACUGACGAUUAUAUUACGUUUCAACAAUUGUACAGUUACAUUGUAAUAUUAUAAAAUCAGGUGUUAUCACUAAGACCAAGCCUUAACAUUAUAAUAAUAUAAUAAAUUACUUC